AUGGAAGGUCAUCAUAGCAAACAUGGAAAGAGCUUUCAUAAGAGGAAUCACCUGAAGUCACACCGGACCAUCCACACAGGAGAAAAGCCAUAUCAGCGCACUACAUGUGGGAAGAGUUUCAAGACAAAGGUGAAGGUCACCAUCCAUCAGCGCACACAUACUGGAGAAAAGCCAUAUCAGUGCACUACAUGUGGGAAGAGUUUCAAGACUAAGAGAGAGGUCACCAUCCAUCAGCGCACACAUACUGGAGAAAAGCCAUAUCAGUGCACUGACUGUGGAAAGGUUUUUAGUCAAACAUCUAGCCUAAAGGCACAUCGGACCAUCCACGCAGGAGAUAAGCCAUAUCAGUGCACUGACUGUGGAAAGACUUUUAGUCAUAGAUGUAACCUCAAGACACACCAGAGGAUCCAUACUGGUGAAAAGCCAUAUCAGUGCACUACAUGUGGGAAGAGAUUCAGGGAGAGCAGUUCUCUUACUAAACAUAAGCUCACACAUACAGGAGAAACGCCAUAUCAGUGCACUGACUGCGGAAAGAGUUUUAGUCGAAUGAGCAGUCUCAAGGCACACCAGCGUAUCCACACAGGAGAAAAGCCAUAUCAGUGCACUACAUGUGGGAAAAGUUUCAGGACUAAGAUAGAGGUCACCAUCCAUCAGCGCACACAUACAGGAGAAAAGCCAUAUCAGUGCACUGAGUGUGGAAAGGGUUUUAGUCAAAUGAGCAAUCUCAAGACACACCAGAGUAUCCAUACAGGAAAAAAGCCAUAUCAGUGCACUGACUGUGGAAAGGCUUUUAGUCAAAUGAGCAGUCUCAAGGCACACCAGAGUAUCCAUACUGGGGAAAAACCAUAUCCGUGCCCUACAUGUGGGAAAAGUUUCAGGACUAAGAUGGAGGUCACCUUACAUCAGCACACACAUACAGGAGAAAAGCCAUAUCAGUGCACUACAUGUGGGAAGAGUUUCAAGACUAAGAGAGAGGUCACCAUCCAUCAGCGCACACAUACUGGAGAAAAGCCAUAUCAGUGCACUGACUGUGGAAAGGUUUUUAGUCAAACAUCUAGCCUAAAGGCACAUCGGACCAUCCACGCAGGAGAUAAGCCAUAUCAGUGCACUGACUGUGGAAAGACUUUUAGUCGUAGAUCUAACCUUAAGACACACCAGAGGAUCCAUACUGGUGAAAAGCCAUAUCAGUGCACUACAUGUGGAAAGAGAUUCAGGGAGAGCGGUUCUCUUACUAAACAUCAGCGCACACAUACAGGAGAAAAGCCAUAUCAGUGCACUGACUGCGGAAAGAGUUUUAGUCAAAUGAGCAGUCUCAAGGCACACGAGAGUAUUCAUACAGGAGAAAAGCCAUAUCAGUGCACUACAUGUGAGAAAAGUUUCAGGACUAAGAUAGAGGUCACCUUCCAUCAGCACACACAUACAGGAGAAAAGCCAUAUCAGUGCAUUGACUGCGGAAAGGGUUUUAGUCAUAUGAGCAAGCUCAAGAGACACCAGAUGAUCCAUACUGGAGAAAAGCCAUAUCAGUGCACUGACUGCGGAAAGGGUUUUAGUCAAAUGAGCAGUCUCAAGGCACACCAGAGUAUCCAUACAGGGAAAAAGCCAUAUCAGUGCACUGCAUGUGGGAAAAGUUUCAGGACUAAGAGAGAGGUGACCAUCCAUCAGCGCACACAUACAGGAGAAAAACCAUAUCAGUGCACUGACUGUGGGAAGGGUUUUAGUCAAAUGAGCGGUCUCAAGAAACACCAGAGGAUUCAUACUGGAGAAAAGCCAUAUCAGUGCACUACAUGUGGGAAGAGUUUCAGGACUAAGAUAGAGGUCACCUUACAUCAGCACACACAUACAGGAGAAAAACCAUAUCAGUGCACUACAUGUGGGAAGAGUUUCAAUACUAAGAGAGAGGUCACCAUCCAUCAGCGCACACAUACUGGAGAAAAGCCAUAUCAGUGCACUGACUGUGGAAAGGUUUUUAGUCAAACAUCUAGCCUCAAGACACACCGGACCAUCCACGCAGGAGAUAAGCCAUAUCAGUGCACUGACUGUGGAAACACUUUUAGUCGUAGAUCUCACCUCAAGACACACCAGAGGAUCCAUACUGGUGAAAAGCCAUAUCAGUGCACUACAUGUGGGAAGAGAUUCAGGGAGAGCGGUUCUCUUACUAAACAUCAGCGCACACAUACAGGAGAAAAGCCAUAUCAGUGCACUGACUGCGGAAAGGGUUUCAGUCAAAUGAGCAGUCUCAAGACACACCAGAUGACCCACACAGGAGAAAAGCCAUAUCAGUGCACUGACUGCGGAAAGAGUUUUAGUCAAAUGAGCAGUCUCAAGGCACACGAGAGUAUCCAUACAGGAAAAAAGCCAUAUCAGCGCACUACAUGUGGGAAAAGUUUCAGGACUAAGAUAGAGGUCACCUUACAUCAGCACACACAUACAGAAGAAAAGCCAUAUCAGUGCACUACAUGUGGGAAGAGUUUCAAGACUAAGAGAGAGGUCACCAUCCAUCAGCGCACACAUACUGGAGAAAAACCAUAUCAGUGCACUGACUGCGGAAAGGGUUUUAGUCAAAUGAGCAGUCUCAAGGCACACCAGAGUAUCCAUACAGGACAAAAGCCAUAUCGGUGCAUUACAUGUUGGAAAAGUUUCAGGACUAAGAGAGAGGUGACCAUCCAUCAGCGCACACAUACAGGAGAAAAACCAUAUCAGUGCACUGACUGUGGGAAGGGUUUUAGUCAAAUGAGCAAUCUCAAGACACACCAGAGUAUCCACACUAGAGAAAAGCCAUAUCAGUGCACUACAUGUGGGAAAAGUUUCAGGACUAAGAUAGAGGUCACCUUCCAUCAGCACACACAUACAGGAGAAAAGCCAUAUCAGUGCACUGACUGUGGAAAGGGUUUUACUCAAAUGAGCAGUCUCAAGAGACACCAGAGUAUCCAUACAGGAAAAAAGCCAUAUCAGUGCACUGACUGUGGAAAGGCUUUUACUUUAAUGAGCAGUCUCAAGAGACACCAGAGUAUCCAUACAGGGAAAAAGCCAUAUCAGUGCAAAACAUGUGGGAAAGGUUUCAGGACUAAGACAGAGGUCACUUCUCACCAAAGGACCCAUACUGGAGAAAAGCCAUAUCAGUGCACUGACUGUGGAAAGACUUUUAGUCAAACAAGUAGCCUCAAGACACACCAGAGGAUCCAUACUGGGGAAAAGCCAUAUCAGUGUACUACAUGUGGGAAGAGAUUCAGUGAGAGCGGUAAUCUCAUUAAACAUCAGCUUACACAUACAGGAGAAAAGCCAUAUCAGUGCACUGACUGCGGAAAGGGUUUUAGUCAAAUGGGCAAUCUCAAGGCACACCAGAAUAUCCACACAGGAGAAAAGCCAUAUCAGUGCACUGACUGCGGAAAGGGUUUUAGUGAAAUGGGCAGUCUCAAGAAACACCAGCUUGUCCACACAGGAGAAAAGCAUUAUCCGUGCACUGACUGUAUAAAGGUUUUUAGACGAAUGAGCCAUCUCAGAAGACACCAGAGUAUCCACACAGGAGAAAAGCCAUAUCAGUGCACUGACUGUGGAAAGGCUUUUGGACAUAUGAGCAAUCUCAAGAAACACCAGACUGUCCAUACAGGAGAAAAGCCAUAUCACUGCACUGACUGCGGAAAGGGUUUUAGGACUAAGAAAGAGGUCACCAGCCAUCAGCACACACAUACAGGAGAAAAACCAUAUCAGUGCACUGACUGUGGGAAGGGUUUUAUUCAAAAGAGCAGUCUCAAGAGACACCAGAGUAUCCAUACUGGGGAAAAGCCAUAUCAGUGCACUACAUGUGGGAAAAGUUUCAAGACUAAGACAGAGGUCACUGUCCAUCAGCGCACACAUACAGGAGAAAAGCCAUAUCAGUGCACUGACUGUGGAAAGAGUUUUAGUAAGAGGAAUCACCUGAAGUCACACCAGACCAUCCACGCAGGAGAUAAGCCAUAUCAGUGCAGUGUAUGUGGGAAGACUUUAAGUCGUAGAUCUAUCCUCAAGCUACACCAGAGGACGCAUACUGGAGAAAAGCCAUAUCAGUGCACUGACUGUGGAAAGACUUUUAGUCAUAGAUCUAACCUCAAGAUACACCAGAGGACGCAUACUGGAGAAAAGCCAUAUCAGUGUAAUUACUGUGGAAAGACUUUUCGACAAACUUCUGUCCUCAAGAGACACCAGAGGAUCCAUACUGGUGAAAAGCCAUAUCAGUGUACUACAUGUGGGAAGAGUUUCAGGGAGAGCGGUUCUCUUACUAAACAUCAGCGCACACAUACAGGAGAAAAGCCAUAUUGGUGCACUGACUGUGGAAUGUCUUUUAGUAUAAUGAGCAAUCUCAAGGCACACCAGAGUAUCCACACAGGAGAAAAGCCAUAUCAGUGCAUUGCCUGCGGAAUGGCUUUUAGUAUAAUGAGCAGUCUCAAGGCACACCAGAGUAUCCACACAGGAGAAAAGCCACAUCAGUGCACUGACUGUGGAAAGGGUUUUAUUACUAAGAAAGAGGUCACCAUCCACCAGCGCACACACACAGGAGAAAAGCCAUAUCAGUGCCCUGACUGCGGAAAGGAUUUUAGUCAUAUGUGCAGUCUCAAGAGACACCAGAGUAUCCACACAGGAGAAAGGAAAUAUCAGUGCACUGACUGCGGAAAGGGUUUUAGUCAAAUGUGCAGUCUCAAGAAACACCAGAUUGUCCACACAGGAGAAAAGCAAUAUCAGUGCACUGACUGUGGAAAGAGGUUCCGUAUGAGGAAUCACCUGAAGGCACACCAGACCAUCCACACAGGAGAACAGCCGUAUCAGUGCAGUGUAUGUGGGAAGAGUUUCAGUGACAGUUUGGGUCUCUCCAUGCAUCAGUUGACACAUAAUGGAGAAAAGCUCUCCCCAUGUCCUCAAUGUGGAAAGACUUUCAAUAGGAUGUAUCAUCUUGAGACUCACCAGAGGACCCACACUGGAGAAAAGCCAUAUCAGUGCACCGACUGUGGAAUGUCUUUUAGUCUUACAUCUAGCCUCAAGAAACACCAGAGGAUCCAUACUGGGGAAAAGCCAUAUCAGUGCAUUGACUGUGGAAAGACUUUUCGACAAACAUCUUCUCUCAAGACACACCAGAGGACCCAUACUGGAGAAAGGCCAUAUCAGUGCACUACAUGUGGGAAAAGUUUCAGGACUAAGAGAGAGGUGACCAUCCAUCAGCGCACACAUACAGGAGAUAAAACAUAUCAGUGCACUGACUGUGGAAAGGGUUUUAGUCAAAUGAGCAAUCUCAAGACACACCAGAGUAUCCAUACUGGAGAAAAGCCAUAUCAGUGCACUACAUGUGGGAAAAGUUUCAGGACUAAGAUAGAGGUCACCUUCCAUCAGCACACACAUACAGGAGAAAAGCCAUAUCAGUGCACUGACUGCGGAAAGAGUUUUAGUCAAAUGACCAAUCUCAAGGUACACCAGAGAAUCCACACAGGAGAAAAGCCAUAUCAGUGCACUGACUGCGGAAAGGGUUUUAGUCAAAAGAGCCAUCUCAAGGCACACCAGAGUAUCCAUACUGGGGAAAAGCCAUAUCAGUGCACUACAUGUGGGAAAAGUUUCAAGACUAAGACAGAGGUCACCGUCCAUCAGCGCACACAUACAGGAGAAAAGCCAUAUCAGUGCACUGACUGUGGAAAGGCUUUUAGUCAAAUUAGCAAUCUCAAGAGACACCAGACCAUCCACACAGGAGAAAAGCCAUAUCAGCGCACUACAUGUGGGAAGAGUUUCAAGACAAAGGUGAAGGUCACCAUUCAUCAGCGCACACAUACUGGAGAAAAGCCAUAUCAGUGCACUGACUGUGGAAACACUUUUAGACGUAGAUAUAGCCUCAAGACACACCAGAGGAUCCAUACUGGUGAAGAGCCAUAUCAGUGCACUACAUGUGGGAAGAGAUUCAGGGAGAGCAGUUCUCUUACUAAACAUAAGCGCACACAUACAGGAGAAAAGCCAUAUCAGUGCACUACAUGUGGGAAAAGUUUCAGGACUAAGAGAGAGGUCACCUUUCAUCAGCACACACAUACAGGAGAAAAACCAUAUCAGUGCACUGACUGUGGGAAGGGUUUUAGUCAAAUGAGCAAUCUCAAGAAACACCAGAGGAUUCAUACUGGAGAAAAGCCAUAUCAGUGCACAACAUGUGGGAAGAGUUUCAGGACUAAGAUAGAGGUCACCUUACAUCAGCACACACAUACAGGAGAAAAACCAUAUCAGUGCACUACAUGUGGGAAGAGUUUCAAUACUAAGAGAGAGGUCACCAUCCAUCAGCGCACACAUACUGGAGAAAAGCCAUAUCAGUGCACUGACUGUGGAAAGGUUUUUAGUCAAACAUCUAGCCUAAAGGCACACCAGACCAUCCACGCAGGAGAUAAGCCAUAUCAGUGCAGUGACUGUGGAAACACUUUUAGACGUAUAUCUAGCCUCAAGACACACCAGAUGAUCCAUACUGGUGAAAAGCCAUAUCAGUGCACUACAUGUGGGAAGAGAUUCAGGGAGAGCGGUUCUCUUACUAAACAUCAGCGCACACAUACAGGAGAAAAGCCAUAUCAGUGCACUGACUGCGGAAAGAGUUUUAGUCAAAUGAGCAGUCUCAAGACACACCAGAUGACCCACACAGGAGAAAAGCCAUAUCAGUGCACUGACUGCGGAAAGAGUUUUAGUCAAAUGAGCAGUCUCAAGGCACACGAGAGUAUCCAUACAGGAGAAAAGCCAUAUCAGCGCACUACAUGUGGGAAAAGUUUCAGGACUAAGAUAGAGGUCACCUUACAUCAGCACACACAUACAGAAGAAAAGCCAUAUCAGUGCACUGACUGCGGAAAGGGUUUUAGUCAAAUGAGCAGUCUCAAGGCACACCAGAGUAUCCAUACAGGACAAAAGCCAUAUCGGUGCAUUACAUGUGGGAAAAGUUUCAGGACUAAGAGAGAGGUGACCAUCCAUCAGCGCACACAUACAGGAGAAAAACCAUAUCAGUGCACUGACUGUGGGAAGGGUUUUAGUCAAAUGAGCAGUCUCAAGGCACACCAGAGUAUCCACACUGGAGAAAAGCCAUAUCAGUGCACUACAUGUGGGAAAAGUUUCAGGACUAAGAUAGAGGUCACCUUACAUCAGCACACACAUACAGGAGAAAAGCCAUAUCAGUGCACUGACUGUGGAAAGGGUUUUAGUCAAAUGAGCAGUCUCAAGAGACACCAGAGUACCCAUACAGGAGAAAAGCCAUAUCAGUGCACUGACUGUGGAAAGGCUUUUACUUUAAUGAGCAGUCUCAAGAGACACCAGAGUAUCCAUACAGGGAAAAAGCCAUAUCAGUGCAAAACAUGUGGGAAAAGUUUCAGGACUAAGACAGAGGUCACUGUCCAUCAGCGCACACAUACAAAAGAUAAGCCAUAUCAGUGCACUGACUGUGGAAAGAGCUUCUGUAAGAGGAAUCUCCUGAAGGCACACCAGACCAUCCACACAGGAGAUAAGCCAUAUCAGUGCACUGACUGUGGGAAGACUUUUAGUCGUAGAUCUAUCCUCAAGCUACAUCAGAGGACGCAUACUGGAGAAAAGCCAUAUCAGUGCACUGACUGUGGAAAGACUUUUAGUCAUAGAUCUAACCUCAAGAUACACCAGAGGACGCAUACUGGAGAAAAGCCAUAUCAGUGUAAUUACUGUGGAAAGACUUUUCGACAAAUUUCUGUCCUCAAGAGACACCAGAGGAUCCAUACUGGUGAAAAGCCAUAUCAGUGUACUACAUGUGGGAAGAGUUUCAGGGAGAGCGGUUCUCUUACUAAACAUCAGCGCACACAUACAGGAGAAAAGCCAUAUCGGUGCACUGACUGUGGAAUGUCUUUUAGUAUAAUGAGCAAUCUCAAGGCACACCAGAGUAUCCACACAGGAGAAAAGCCAUAUCAGCGCAUUGCCUGCGGAAUGGCUUUUAGUAUAAUGAGCAGUCUCAAGGCACACGAGAUUAUCCACACAGGAGAAAAGCCACAUCAGUGCACUGACUGUGGAAAGGGUUUUAUUACUAAGAAAGAGGUCACCAUCCAUCAGCGCACACACACAGGAGAAAAGCCAUAUCAGUGCACUGACUGCGGAAAGGAGUUUAGUCAUAUGUGCAGUCUCAAGAGACACCAGAGUAUCCACACAGGAGAAAAGAAAUAUCAGUGCACUGACUGCGGAAAGGGUUUUAGUCAAAUGUGCAGUCUCAAGAAACACCAGAUUGUCCACACAGGAGAAAAGCAAUAUCAGUGCACUGACUGUGUAAAGGCUUUUAGUCAAAUGAGCAAUCUCAAGAGACAUCAGACCAUACAUAAUGGAGAAAAGCUCUACCCAUGUCCUCAGUGUGGAAAGACUUUCACUAGGAUGGAUCAUCUUGAGACUCACCAAAGGACCCAUACUGGAGAAAAGCCAUAUCAGUGCACUGACUGUGGAAAGACUUUUAGUCAAACAAGUAGCCUCAAGUCACACCAGAGGAUCCAUACUGGGGAAAAGCCAUAUCAGUGUACUACAUGUGGGAAGAGAUUCAGGGAGAGCGGCAGUCUCAUUAAACAUCAGCUUACACAUACAGGAGAAAAGCCAUAUCAGUGCACUGACUGCGGAAAGGGUUUUAGUCAAAUGGGCAAUCUCAAGGCACACCAGAGUAUCCACACAGGAGAAAAGCCAUAUCAGUGCACUGACUGCGGAAAGGGUUUUAGUGAAAUGGGCAGUCUCAAGAGACACCAGAUUGUCCACACAGGAGAAAAGCAUUAUCCGUGCACUGACUGUGUAAAGGUUUUUAGACGAAUGAGCCAUCUCAGAGCCCACCAGAGUAUCCAUACAGGAAAAAAGCCAUAUCAGUGCACUGACUGCGGAAAGGGUUUUAGUCAAAUGGGCAAUCUCAAGAAACACCAGAGUAUCCACACAGGAGAAAAGCCAUAUCAGUGCACUGACUGUGGAAAGGCUUUUGGACAAAUGAGCAGUCUCAAGAAACACCAGACUGUCCAUACAGGAGAAAAGCCGUAUCAGUGCACUGACUGUGGAAAGGGUUUUAGUCAAAUUAGCAAUCUCAAGGCACACCAGAUUGUCCACACAGGAGAAAAGCCAUAUCAGUGCACUGACUGUGGAAAGGGUUUUAGUCAAAUGAGCAGUCUCAAGAAACACCAGAUUGUCCACACAGGAGAAAAGCCAUAUCAGUGCACUGACUGUGGAAAGGCUUUUACUUUAAUAUACAAUCUCAAGAGACACCAGAUGAUCCAUAAAUCUUAGGACCCAUCAGAACAUGCACAAUGUGGGAAAAGAUUCAGGGUGAGCAGUAAUCUCAUUAUACAUCAGCUCACACAUACAGGAGAAAAGCCAUAUUAGUGCACUGACUGUGGGAAGGGUUUUAGUCAAAUUAACAUUCUCAAGGCACACCAGACUAUCCAUACAGUAGAAAAGCCAUAUCAGUGCACUGACUGCGGAAAGGGUUUUAGUCAAAUGGGCAAUCUCAAGACACACCAGACCAUCCACACAGGAGAAAAGCCAUAUCAGCGCACUACAUGUGGGAAGAGUUUCAAGACAAAGGUGAAGGUCACCAUCCAUCAGCGCACACAUACUGGAGAAAAGCCAUAUCAGUGCACUGACUGUGGAAACACUUUUAGACGUAGAUAUAGCCUCAAGACACACCAGAGGAUCCAUACUGGUGAAGAGCCAUAUCAGUGCACUACAUGUGGGAAGAGAUUCAGGGAGAGCAGUUCUCUUACUAAACAUAAGCGCACACAUACAGGAGAAAAGCCAUAUCAGUGCACUACAUGUGGGAAAAGUUUCAGGACUAAGAGAGAGGUCACCUUUCAUCAGCACACACAUACAGGAGAAAAACCAUAUCAGUGCACUGACUGUGGGAAGGGUUUUAGUCAAAUGAGCAAUCUCAAGAAACACCAGAGGAUUCAUACUGGAGAAAAGCCAUAUCAGUGCACUACAUGUGGGAAGAGUUUCAGGACUAAGAUAGAGGUCACCUUACAUCAGCACACACAUACAGGAGAAAAGCCAUAUCAGUGCAAUACAUGUGGGAAGAGUUUCAAUACUAAGAGAGAGGUCACCAUCCAUCAGCGCACACAUACUGGAGAAAAGCCAUAUCAGUGCACUGACUGUGGAAAGGUUUUUAGUCAAACAUCUAGCCUAAAGGCACACCAGACCAUCCACGCAGGAGAUAAGCCAUAUCAGUGCACUGACUGUGGAAACACUUUUAGACGUAGAUCUAGCCUCAAGACACACCAGAGGAUCCAUACUGGUGAAAAGCCAUAUCAGUGCACUACAUGUGGGAAGAGAUUCAGGGAGAGCGGUUCUCUUACUAAACAUCAGCGCACACAUACAGGAGAAAAGCCAUAUCAGUGCACUGACUGCGGAAAGGGUUUCAGUCAAAUGAGCAGUCUCAAGACACACCAGAUGACCCACACAGGAGAAAAGCCAUAUCAGUGCACUGACUGCGGAAAGAGUUUUAGUCAAAUGAGCAGUCUCAAGGCACACGAGAGUAUCCAUACAGGAGAAAAGCCAUAUCAGCGCACUACAUGUGGGAAAAGUUUCAGGACUAAGAGAGAGGUGACCAUCCAUCAGCGCACACAUACAGGAGAAAAAACAUAUCAGUGCACUGACUGCGGAAAGGGUUUUAGUCAAAUGAGCAAGGUGACCAUCCAUCAGCGCACACAUACAGGAGAAAAGCCAUAUCAGUGCACUGACUGCGGAAAGGGUUUCAGUCAAAUGAGCAGUCUCAAGACACACCAGAGUAUCCAUACAGGAGAAAAGCCAUAUCGGUGCAUUACAUGUCGGAAAAGUUUCAGGACUAAGAGAGAGGUGACCAUCCAUCAGCGCACACAUACAGGAGAAAAACCAUAUCAGUGCACUGACUGUGGGAAGGGUUUUAGUCAAAUGAGCAGUCUCAAGGCACACCAGAGUAUCCACACUGGAGAAAAGCCAUAUCAGUGCACUACAUGUGGGAAAAGUUUCAGGACUAAGAUAGAGGUCACCUUCCAUCAGCACACACAUACAGGAGAAAAGCCAUAUCAGUGCACUGACUGUGGAAAGGGUUUUAGUCAAAUGAGCAGUCUCAAGAGACACCAGAGUAUCCAUACAGGAAAAAAGCCAUAUCAGUGCACUGACUGUGGAAAGGCUUUUACUUUAAUGAGCAAGGUCACUGUCCAUCAGCGCACACAUACAAAAGAUAAGCCAUAUCAGUGCACUGACUGUGGAAAGAGUUUCAAGACAAAGGUGAAGGUCACCAUUCAUCAGCGCACACAUACUGGAGAAAAGCCAUAUCAGUGCACUGAUUGUGGAAACACUUUUAGACGUAGAUAUAGCCUCAAGACACACCAGAGGAUCCAUACUGGUGAAGAGCCAUAUCAGUGCACUACAUGUGGGAAGAGAUUCAGGGAGAGCAGUUCUCUUACUAAACAUAAGCGCACACAUACAGGAGAAAAGCCAUAUCAGUGCACUUCAUGUGGGAAAAGUUUCAGGACUAAGAGAGAGGUCACCUUUCAUCAGCACACACAUACAGGAGAAAAACCAUAUCAGUGCACUGACUGUGGGAAGGGUUUUAGUCAAAUGAGCAAUCUCAAGAAACACCAGAGGAUUCAUACUGGAGAAAAGCCAUAUCAGUGCACAACAUGUGGGAAGAGUUUCAGGACUAAGAUAGAGGUCACCUUACAUCAGCACACACAUACAGGAGAAAAACCAUAUCAGUGCACUACAUGUGGGAAGAGUUUCAAUACUAAGAGAGAGGUCACCAUCCAUCAGCGCACACAUACUGGAGAAAAGCCAUAUCAGUGCACUGACUGUGGAAAGGUUUUUAGUCAAACAUCUAGCCUAAAGGCACACCGCACCAUCCACGCAGGAGAUAAGCCAUAUCAGUGCAGUGACUGUGGAAACACUUUUAGACGUAGAUCUAGCCUCAAGACACACCAGAGGAUCCAUACUGGUGAAAAGCCAUAUCAGUGCACUACAUGUGGGAAGAGAUUCAGGGAGAGCGGUUCUCUUACUAAACAUCAGCGCACACAUACAGGAGAAAAGCCAUAUCAGUGCACUGACUGCGGAAAGGGUUUCAGUCAAAUGAGCAGUCUCAAGACACACCAGAUGACCCACACAGGAGAAAAGCCAUAUCAGUGCACUGACUGCGGAAAGAGUUUUAGUCAAAUGAGCAGUCUCAAGGCACACGAGAGUAUCCAUACAGGAGAAAAGCCAUAUCAGCGCACUACAUGUGGGAAAAGUUUCAGGACUAAGAGAGAGGUGACCAUCCAUCAGCGCACACAUACAGGAGAAAAAACAUAUCAGUGCACUGACUGCGGAAAGGGUUUUAGUCAAAUGAGCAGUCUCAAGGCACACCAGAGUAUCCAUACAGGACAAAAGCCAUAUCGGUGCAUUACAUGUGAGAAAAGUUUCAGGACUAAGAGAGAGGUGACCAUCCAUCAGCGCACACAUACAGGAGAAAAGCCAUAUCAGUGCACUGACUGCGGAAAGGGUUUCAGUCAAAUGAGCAGUCUCAAGACACACCAGAGUAUCCAUACAGGAGAAAAGCCAUAUCGGUGCAUUACAUGUGGGAAAAGUUUCAGGACUAAGAGAGAGGUGACCAUCCAUCAGCGCACACAUACAGGAGAAAAACCAUAUCAGUGCACUGACUGUGGGAAGGGUUUUAGUCAAAUGAGCAGUCUCAAGGCACACCAGAGUAUCCACACUGGAGAAAAGCCAUAUCAGUGCACUACAUGUGGGAAAAGUUUCAGGACUAAGAUAGAGGUCACCUUUCAUCAGCACACACAUACAGGAGAAAAGCCAUAUCAGUGCACUGACUGUGGAAAGGGUUUUAGUCAAAUGAGCAGUCUCAAGAGACACCAGAGUAUCCAUACAGGAAAAAAGCCAUAUCAGUGCACUGACUGUGGAAAGGCUUUUACUUUAAUGAGCAGUCUCAAGAGACACCAGAGUAUCCAUACAGGGAAAAAGCCAUAGUGCAAAACAUGUGGGAAAAGUUUCAGGACUAAGACAGAGGAGGUCACUGUCCAUCAGCGCACACAUACAAAAGAUAAGCCAUAUCAGUGCACUGACUGUGGAAAGGUUUUUACUUUAAUGAGCUAUCUCAAGAAACACCAGAUGAUCCAUAGAGGAGAAAAGCCGUAUCAGUGCAGUGUAUGUGGAAAGAGUUUCAGUGACAGUUUGGGUCUCUCCAUGCAUCAGUUGACACAUAAUGGAGAAAAACUCCUCCAAUGUCCUCUGUGUGGAAAGACUUUCAAUAGGAUGGGUCGUCUUGAGACUCACCAGAGGAUCCAUACUGGAGAAAAGCCGUAUCAGUGCAUUGACUGUGGAAUGUCUUUUAGUCUUACAUCUAGCCUCAAGAAACACCAGAGGAUCCAUACUGGAGAAAAGCCGUAUCAGUGCAUUGACUGUGGAAUGUCUUUUAGUCAAACAUCUAGCCUCAAGAGACACCAGAGGAUCCAUACUGGGGAAAAUCCAUAUCAGUGUACUACAUGUGGGAAGAGAUUCAGGGACAACAAUAAUCUCAUUAAACAUCAGCUCACACAUACAGGAGAAAAGCCAUAUCAGUGCACUACAUGUGGGAAGAGUUUCAUGACAAAGGCGAAGGUCACCAUCCAUCAGCGCACACAUACAGGAGAAAAGCCAUAUCAGUGCACUGACUGUGGAAAGAGUUUUAGUCAAACAUGUAGCCUCAAGGCACACCAAAGAAUCCAUACUGGGGAAAAACCAUAUCAGUGUGCUACAUGUGGGAAGAGAUUCAGGGAGAGCAGUAAUCUCAUUAAACAUCAGCUCACACAUACAGGAGAAAAGCCAUAUCCGUGCACUGACUGCGGAAAGGGUUUCAGUCAAAUGAGCAGUCUCAAGAAACACCAGAUUGUCCACACAGGAGAAAAGCCAUAUCAGUGCACUGACUGUGGAAAGACUUUUGGACGAAUGAGCAGUCUCAAGACACACCAGAUGAUCCACACAGGAGAAAGGCCGUAUCAGUGCACUGACUGCGGAAAGGGUUUCAGUCAAAUGAGCAGUCUCAAGACACACCAUAUGACCCACACAGGAGAAAAGCCGUAUCAGUACACUGACUAUGGAAAGGCUUUUGGACAAAUGAGCCAUAUCAAGGCACACCGGAAUAUCCAUACAGGAGAAAAGCCAUAUCAGUGCACUGAUUGCUGA